CUCACGAAAUAGACGCUACCUCUCUAUAGUACCUAUUCACUAACAAGUCCUCCGAGAUCGUUAGGCUUCGAUGCCGCUUCUCGUCCGAAUACUCAAACGCACCGACACGUGCGCUGCCUCAUCCUGUUCAUCUUCUGUCUACAAGCCUUUUCCGGCUUCGUCGUCCAGACUCACCUACGGAUCCCUUUUAAAAGCGUCCACAGCUCACCUUAAACCUCGCAGUAGUUCACGAGCAAUCAGUACCAAGGCCACUCGCAACCCGGUGCUUUCUCGCUCCAUUUCUCCCAACAACACUUCCCCCUGGCCGUCCAGCAUGGCGACCACAAACAUUUCCUCCGAGGACUCGACCUCUUGCUCUUCGCCUAUCUUCACUCGCCUCCCGACCCGAGAGUCGCCCUUUACCACCCCCGAGGCCUCUGUUUUUGAUGUCAAGGACGUCGAUGAUGCGCUUGUCGAUGCUCUUACCAAGGAACUCGACCUCGAGGAGAUUUGUCAGAUACUGACCGACGUCGCCCAUAAGGCAGGCGACAUGAUCUUAGCUGCGGAUCCCUCAGUAGACGAUUCUGACACGAAGAACAACACGAGCGAUCGCGUGACGGCCACCGACAAGGCCGUCGAGGCCAUGGUCUAUAGCACCUUGACGGCAGCCUAUCCCGAAUUCGACUUCCUCGGCGAAGAGACAUCCAAGGAGGGACAGAAGCUCACUGAUGCACCAACUUUCGUGUGCGAUCCCAUCGAUGGCACGCUCAACUUCAUCCAUGGCUUCCCGAACGUCGCCGUCUCACUGGCGCUGACAGUGGCACGCCAGCCCGUCAUCGGCGUCGUAUUCAAUCCAUUCCGUCGCGACCUCUUCACUGCCAUCAGGGGUCGCGGUGCGCACUUCACCCGUUUCGACGGCCGCCGUGUAGCACUGCCAGUGAAGCAGCGCCCAUCAUCGCUCGGCUCGCUCAACGACUGCCUCGUCGCCGUCGAAUGGGGAAACCAGCGCAACGGGCCCAACUGGGAGCUCCGCUCUUCCGUGCACAAGAAAAUGUUGUCAGCGCGCGAUGAAGGCGGCGCGAUGGUGCACAGUGUGCGAAGCUCGGGCUCCGCGGCCCUCGACUUCUGCUACGUCGCGGCUGGCUGGGUCGACGUAUUUUGGGAAGCGGGCGUGUGGAUCUGGGACAUCUGCGCCGGCUGGAUCAUCCUACGCGAAGCAGGCGGCAUCGUCGCGUCCGCAAACCCCGGCGGCUGGAACCCCGAGCUCGAAGGCCGGCUGUACCUGGCCGUUCGGGGCGCGCCCGCGGGCCAGAAGGAAGUGGUGGAGGAGCUGUGGGGACUCAUGGAGGGCAAGAAGUUUAAGUUCCCGACGAAGAAGUAAGGCGGACCCAUCGCUCUCUUUCCUUUUUCGGCCGAGUUUCCUAUUCCCGC